UGGACAGCUAGCUUGAGCUGAAAAACAAACUUUUUAGCUGGCUGACUUGGAAGUAACUGCAGAGGAAAGACGACAGAGUUCCCUAUCUCCACCCGAAGCAGAGGAACAACCUGCUGCCAUCAUGUCCAGCAAACGCGCCAAGGGAAAGACAACGAAGAAGCGCCCCCAGAGGGCGACGUCCAAUGUGUUCGCCAUGUUCGACCAGUCCCAGAUCCAGGAGUUCAAGGAGGCGUUCAACAUGAUCGAUCAGAACCGAGACGGCUUUGUCGACAAGGAGGACUUGCAUGACAUGCUGGCCUCUCUCGGUAAGAACCCUACGGAUGAGUACUUGGAGGGGAUGAUGAGUGAGGCCCCAGGCCCAAUCAACUUCACCAUGUUCCUGACGAUGUUCGGAGAACGACUCAAUGGCACCGACCCCGAAGACGUUAUCCGCAACGCCUUUGCCUGCUUCGAUGAAGAGGGCUCUGGAGUUCUUCACGAGGACCACCUGCGGGAGCUCCUGACCACCAUGGGCGACCGCUUCACCGACGACGAGGUGGAUGAGAUGUUCCGCGAAGCACCCAUUGACAAGAAGGGCAACUUCAACUACGCAGAGUUCACCCGUAUCCUCAAGCACGGCGCAAAGGACAAGGACGACUAGCGCUGCCUUGCUGUACCUUCUUCAGCCAAUAGGGAACCCCCAUGCCUCGCCUACCACCAACAUAAAAACCCUGCCUCUGUCAUGAAGCCUCUGAUGCCCCCUGGGGACUACCAUCCACCACCCUAUAGCAGCCUUCUCCACACUUCUCUAGCUGAGGCUCAACCAAAAAGUGAGCUUCCCUUCACCACUUUAUCAAGCCUAUAGGAACACCAUCCACUGCUCUCUUCAUUGAUUUGCCUCUUCAGACACAAUAGGAAUCUGUAUGAUUUUGAAGCAGUCAAGUUUCUGCAAUGUGUGUAAGUCUUUAGUUCAGUGGUGUUGUCCAGCAGAAAAUGCAGGUGGGUAGAGGGUCUGGAAAGUAAUUUCCAUUAGAAUUGUCCCCGCUUUCCUCAGUUUAAACGUUUGAGCCUAAAUCAGUGUUUUAAAAUAUUAUGGUUUGUGAUAUAGAUAUUUAAGAAAGUAGAAAAGUUGAUCCCCAUAUAAAUUAAUCAUGACAAGAAUGGAAUACCCACAGAAAAGCCAGCUGGUUGUGGACUGAGUGAUGACUUUAGUCUGUAGUAUCCCACCAGUUUAAAUUGAAUGCAAUUGGUGGUUUGUUACAUUAUUUACAGUACCAUUGUUGAACCAAAGAAAGAUCCAAAGCUGUAUCUAAGAGAACGAAGUAGACCACAGUCUGCCUCUAUUUUUCCUCUCUGAAAUCCAGUUUACUCUUUUGUAUUAUUCAGUGGAAAACAAAUAAAUUUUCCUACCUAAAA